GGCCGGAGGGCGGGGACGCAGGAGGGCGGGGCGGAGCGGGAGCGGGGAGAAGCGAGCGAGCAGGCGGCGGGGUCGGUCUGUGCGCGGAGCAGGCGAGCGAGCGGGAAGACGCAGCCACCUUCCUCACCAGCCAGCCCACAGCGGUUUGUUCCUUGUCUCGGGAGUGCGCCAAUGCCUGGGCCGACCCAAACCCUGUCCCCAAAUGGCGAGAACAACAACGACAUCAUCCAGGAUAAUAACGGGACCAUCAUUCCUUUCCGGAAGCACACAGUGCGCGGGGAGCGUUCCUACAGUUGGGGAAUGGCAGUCAACGUGUAUUCUACCUCGAUAACCCAAGAGACUAUGAGCAGACAUGACAUCAUUGCAUGGGUUAAUGACAUAGUAUCUUUAAACUACACAAAAGUGGAGCAGCUUUGUUCAGGAGCGGCCUAUUGCCAGUUCAUGGACAUGCUCUUUCCAGGCUGCAUUAGUUUGAAGAAAGUAAAAUUUCAAGCAAAGUUGGAGCACGAGUAUAUCCACAAUUUUAAACUUCUGCAAGCAUCGUUUAAGCGAAUGAACGUUGACAAGGUAAUUCCAGUGGAGAAGCUAGUGAAAGGACGUUUCCAAGACAACCUGGAUUUUAUUCAGUGGUUUAAGAAAUUCUACGAUGCUAACUAUGAUGGGAAGGAGUAUGAUCCCGUAGAGGCACGACAAGGGCAAGAUGCAAUUCCUCCCCCAGACCCUGGUGAACAGAUCUUCAACCUGCCGAAAAAGUCUCACCAUGCAAACUCCCCAACAGCAGGCGCAGCUAAAUCAAGUCCAGCAUCUAAACCAGGAUCCACACCUUCUCGUCCCUCCUCAGCCAAAAGGGCUUCCUCCAGCAGCUCAGCGUCCAAGUCUGAUAAAGAUUUAGAAACACAGGUCAUACAGCUUAAUGAACAGGUACAUUCAUUAAAACUUGCCCUUGAAGGCGUGGAAAAGGAAAGGGAUUUCUACUUUGGGAAGUUGAGAGAGAUUGAGCUACUCUGCCAAGAACACGGGCAGGAAAACGAUGACCUCGUGCAGCGAGUAAUGGAAGUGCUCUAUGCUUCAGACGAACACGAGGGCCACACAGAAGAGCCGGAAGCAGAGGAGCAGGUCCACGAGCAGCAGCUCCAGCAGCAGGAAGAGUACUGACCCGUCCUGGCAGCUCUUGACACUUCUAUUGUGCAUGGGAACUUUUCUUCUGGAGAAUUGGAACAUGUGUGGCCUCAAGCUCAACAGAAACCAGUCGUUCCCAAUCUGCCGUUACCAUCAGCACACUGUGCAUUCGCCAGCCACCGCACUCGGUUCCCAUUUCCUUUGCCAAGAUGUAUUAGCAGGCGGCCGUCCUGGCCACCUAGCCGAAAGAUCGUAGGGUCACAUCCAUCCAACUUCACCACUUGGCUGCUUGAGAUUGGUUCUGCUCUUUCCUUCAUUUCUUUCCAAGAACAACUCUCCCCCACCCCAAUACCACUACCGCCACCCCCCUUUUUAUCCUGGUGUGAAACAAUGGUAAUUUGAUCUAUGGUAUUUAUAUUGGCAUUUCUCAACCCAGUGUCACUAGAUGUCACGCGCAUUUGUGGUGCUUUGAUGUUUGCGAGUCUAACCUCUGAACAUAAAAUUGGUCAAAUAAUUAAUUGGAAAAAGGGAAACAGAUACUUGAUAUGAAAGCCAUAACGACAGUGACUUGUGUCGUGGGGGAAAACAUAGGGUCAGUUUUUUCCUCUACUCACAACACUAAAAGGGAAAAAAUAAUGGAUUCAAAGUUAGGAGUUCAGGGCCCAGUGAAGUUCAUACAUCAGCAUGUUAGACAACCACACAGUAUGUUGUUAGUUUCGAAAGACAUUCACUCAAGGAAAACACCAUCUCAGAUUUGUCCCCUCACCCUGUGCCCCUGCCCCCCACCCCCACCCCAGGUUCUCAUGCUGUUUUCUUUCUCAGGGUCCUCUUUGGUGGGCAGCCACUCUCCCCAAGAUGUUGUCAUCAGUCAUCUGCAGUCCAAAGGGGGUCUGGAUAGGUAUAGAUCUUCCUGCCUUGUCCCUCUUCCUCAUGUGGGUUUCAGCCCCAAAACUGUCAUUCACAUUAGGGGACUCCUACUAAAAGAUAGCUCCAGGGUAUGCAGUUCCGAGCUCCAGGGUUCUGUGUCAGGCUGCACGCUUGCUAGAAGGCUGGAAGUAAAGACCUUAUUAAUAGGAGCAUAAUUCCAAGGGAGAACCAGAGUCCUGCAGUCCGGUGUUGACACUGAAGUAACAGCACAGAAAAACCUAUGACUCCCAGUAUCUUCCGGAAUAAGGAAUUUCCCCUCUUUAACACAAGGGCCCUCCUUGUCAUUGACCUUUUGCUAAACCAUGGCAAUUCAUAAAUAGGAGAAACAUUAAUGAAUUAAAGGCAUUCCUUAUUUUUUUAACUAAUAUUUGCACAUUUUCUUAGUCUCUUUCCAAAUCUUUGUAUUUUUUUUUGUUUUCCUAUGACAGAUGGUUUCCCUUCCCGGAUCAUUCUAUUCAGUUGGUUUCUGACUUUAGAUUUACUUUCACUUGUUAUUUGACUUAGCAGGUGCAACAAAAACAAGAAACAAAUGUGCCCACCCCACUUUCCGCUUAACUGAAAAGCUUAAAAUAAAUUUCUGAAUUAUGUAUCAUAAAGCUUUGAAAUUUCUUUAUUAAUGGAUGAAAUACUAAUUCUAAAUUCUGGCAUCGAAGCUUUUCACCAAAAGAAGUCUUUCCAAAAUAAAUCUUUUGCAGCAAGGUGGUAUUUAUUAAGUUAUAUGUGGAAAAGAUGGCUUGUAUUUUUGAGAUUAUUGCAACACACUGUGCGGAAUUGGACGGAUUUUCCGUGGUAUUUGGUUUCCCUUUCUUCUCUCUCCUGCUCACUCUGCAUUACAGCGGCAGCUCAUUUCUCUAAGGCUGGACAGCCUAGCUCUCAGCAGUGACAUCCUCCCACUCCUGGUCACAGGUAGUGGCUGUGCUAUACGUAGCAUCAUGCUUCGUGGUGUGUUGCCCUCCCGAGCCUGUUGUACUCACAAAUUUUCUUUUUUAAAAGAAUAGCUCUUAUAAAGAGGUCACAAUAAAUAAUUCCAUGCCAAUGACGCUUCAGUGGUUUCUAAGGCCAUUCUUUACCUGCUCUGGACAUUUCAGUCAUACUCCUGCCAUGUGGACGCCCAUGGAUGAGUAGCAGGGAGUCAAGAUCCUGUCUUCUCCCAGAAACCGCUUAAUACUGUAUAACUCACAUAAGCCUCCCCGAUGACUCUUGCUGGAACCACUCCAUCUCUGUCCAGCUCCCCAACCUUCUCAAUCAUAAACCCUCUGGCCAGAUCUCUUAACCUGCAAAGAGAACUUUCCCUGGUCACCAUACUCCAUUCUUCCUGAAGGCUUGGGCAGACUAUUCAUGUACUUAGAGAAGAGCUGUUAAUUCCUCUUUCUGUCCCCAUCUUACACAUCUUCUGUUGUGCUGUACCCCAGAGGAUGUCACAGCUGCUUUGGGGAAUCUCUAACAUUUGAGUUUCUGAGUCAGUCCUCUCGGGCUCUGUGCAGAUGACCACUCACUCCCCAUAAUGGUAGGACCCCAUCGCUCUCUCAUCUCAGCAUUCGGGGCACACUUUCCCCUGUGGCCCCUGGUCACACAUCACCGGGCUGGGCUGAGAAGUGUCCCUGGGUGUGUGUUCUGCUCCCCCCUCUCAGGAAGCCCAGUUUCAUCCUUGUUUCCCCCCCCCCCAUGCCCACUACUGGCCGGUUAUAGCACUUCCACUGCUACCAUCAGAUAGGAAGUGAUCGAAGCAGGGGGCAAAGAGAAAGCCCAUGUUUAUUCUAAGCAGAAAAGCAGGAAAAAAAAAAGACAAACACUCUGUUGACCCGAGAGAAGUAAACUCCAGAAGGGAACCAAGAAUUCCUUCCCUGGUGAGUAUUUUCAUUAUUCCGUUAAGGUUUAAUAUGUAUUCAGAUUACUUUUACUAAAUAGUACACCAUAAAGCUUUUGUUAUAUAUUAAAUGUAAACUGAAAGGAAUGUAAACAUAUGUAUUGUUAAUUAUAAAUAUAGAUAAGUAAUGACAUAAUAGAUGAAAAAGUCUUAUUCAGAUGUAUCACAUUCAUUUUACAUUACCCACCUAUUGUUGCAUGGUAGAAUAGUAUUUUGUCUCUGAAUAUGUGAAUAACUUGACUUGCGUUGACCUUUUUACAUAUUUAAUAAAAAAAAGCAUAUGUUAAAA